AUGCGCAUUUCUCACACAAACCACUUUAAUCAAAGCAACCCAAAAAUUCUAACCUCAAAUUUCUCAAUCAAUUUAAUUUCAGAAUCUGACGAUGACCUCAGGUGUAAUAGAAAUUUAAUUUGGUCUCCCUUUUAUUGUGUUCUCCAACAAGAGGAACAAACAUUCACAGCAUAUUGCUCCGAGGAACUAUCGAUAAUUCCCGUAACACCAAAUCGGGAAAUCAGGCUAGCAGAUGUAUUCUUUGCGGAACUGCCACGCAUCAGACUUGAUGGACGAUCAAGUGAGUCACGACCGCGUACACGAAAAGCCAUUUGGGAACCAUCUCCAUCAACUAUUCAUGAAGAGGCUGAAGACGAAAUGGUCUUCAAUUCAUCAAAUAUUGAGCUGAAUACAGCACUGCAAGGUUGUUUAGCCAAUCUCCAGCAAACUAUAAAAACCAGUACAGUUGCAAAACGUCCACUAAUCAUCAAUAUAAAUCCAUGA